GUCGACGUUUGUUAAGCAAUGGGUGCAGGUGGGCGAAUGUCUGAUCCUCCUUCGAACCAAAAAGCACAAGCGAACGGCCUCGAUCGAGCCCCAUCCUCGAAACCGCCAUUUACGCUAGCCGAGAUUAAGAAAUCAAUCCCCCCACAUUGCUUCCAAAGAUCGGUCAUCACUUCAUUCUCCUACGUUGUAUACGAUCUCCUCAUUGUCUCCUUCAUCUACUACGCCGCCACAUCCUACAUCCAUCUCCUCCCGGGACCCCCUGCUUUGUCAGGAUUCGCCUGGCUUAUUUAUUCCUACGUCCAGGGCACCGUCCUGGGCGGCCUUUGGGUCAUCGCUCACGAAUGCGGCCAUCACGCCUUCAGCGAUUACCAAUGGCUCGACGAUACAGUCGGCUUCAUCAUCCACUCGGCCUUCCUCGUCCCCUUCUUCACGUGGAAACACAACCACCGCAAGCACCAUGCAAACACCAGUUCUAUCGAACGCGACGAGGUUUUCGUCCCCAAACGUAAGGAAACUGUGGGACACCUAGCUAAAUACACCGAAAAUCCAAUUGGUCGGACCAUAAAGAUCACCAUCUUGCUGACCAUGGGUUGGCCUUUGCAUUUAAUUCGCAGCUUCUACAGCUCGAUUUACUUGAAGCAGGAGCGGUUUCAGAUACUUGUAUCGAACAUGGGCGUUCUUUCAGUCGGAUUCCUUAUCUACCGCCUCGCCUUGGCCAGGGGAAUCGGUUGGGUUAUGUGCGUUUACGUCGGGCCUCUUCUCGUGAUGAAUGUAUAUUUGGUGCUGAUAACGUGGUUACAACACACUCACCCCUCGUUGCCUCAUUAUGAAUCCGAGGAAUGGGAUUGGUUGAGGGGGGCUUUAUCGACUGUGGAUAGAGACUUCGGAAAUAUUCUCAACAAGGUGCUCCAUAAUAUUACGGAUACUCACGUUGUUCACCAUUUGUUCUCGACCAUGCCUCAUUAUCAUGCGAAGGAAGCGACUAAGGCGAUAAAGCCUAUGUUGGGAGAAUACUAUCGUUUUGAUGGGACUUCGGUUAUAAGUUCGAUAUGGAGAGAAGCCAAGGAAUGUCUUUAUGUGGAGGCCGAUGAAGAUGAGGGCGCAAACAAAGGAGUCUUGUGGUACAAGAACAAGAUUUAUGGUCAGGAGUGA